GGAAUGUGGCGUCCGUCGAUACCGGCGCGCGCCGGACCUUCAUCGGCCUCUCACUCCCCCUCUCUCGCUCGCUCGGCAGCGCAGCUCGCAGCUCCGCACAGACGUGACGCCGGAGACGCACCAGUCGACCACACUGCGGGGCGACCCACGGGCCACGGACCCCAGCGCGCAGCGAGUAGGAGGCGGCCAGGCCUGGGACCGUGCUUUGCGCGAUUUGGCACGCAUGCAUCGCACCCACAUAAAUCGCGCGCGAGCACACAUUGUCGCCUAGACACGAUGAUGCCUUCUCGCCGCUCGUCGCCACCGAGGAGCACGCCGGCGUCGCCGAGGGCCGCCUCGGGGCUGGCCAAGCUCGCCACCGGGCUUCCGCCAACGACACCGGGUGCGCGGCGCAGCGUCCCGCCCAGCCCUGUACUUUCGGCGCGCCCGACAAGCGGCACCUCGACGCCCAUUUCCGCGCCGACCCCGCGCCGGGGCUCGGCGUCGAGCAUCCUCCUGCCCGCCGGACUCGGCGCGCUGACGCCGCUCGAGUCAAGCGACGACGACGGCGCGCCGGCGCUUCCUCUGCGCUUCGCGCCCGACCCCGUCAAGCUUGUUUCUGCGCAACACCCGCCCGCGCGCCGCGUGAAAACGCCCAUCCCGCCCAAGCUCAAGCAGGCCAAAGUCACCACCGCGGCAGACAAGGCCAAGUGGGAGUUCCACGUCGUGUACCGCGUCGGCACGGUCGCGUGGUACAGCGGCCGGGCGUGGCGCGUGCUCCUCGAGCACACGAGCCAGGAUAAACGCACCCAUGCCGAGAUAAUCUCCGACGUGACCGAGUUCUGCACGCCCGAGCUCGAAGCCCACACGCAAACCUUCAUCAAGGGCGCGCUCGUCGCGCGCAACCCAGACGCGUACGCCUCCAUCCCCGAGCUGUCGCCCAACGACGUCGCCGCGCUCGACUAUGAGCGCGACCACAAGUGGGCAGGAACAUGGACGCUGUACUACGCCAUGGGGAUCUGCGCGCUCGGCGCCGCGACGCAGGGGUGGGACCAGACUGGGUCCAACGGCGCCAACCUCAGCUUUCCGCAGGAGUUUGGCAUCCACGCCGACUAUAACCAGCCGGGCGGGCGGCGCGACGAGUGGAUCGUCGGACUCAUCAACUCGGCGCCGUACCUCGCCGCGGCAGUCAUCGGCUGCUGGCUGUCUGACCCGCUCAACUCGGUGCUCGGGCGCCGCGGCGAGACCUUCCUCACUGCCCUGUGCCUGAUCGCGACGCCCAUCGCGUCCGGCUUCGCGCGCAACUGGGAGACGCUGUUCGCCAUCCGCCUAGUCAUGGGCAUCGGCGUCGGCGCCAAGGCGGCCACGGUGCCGAUCUACGCGGCCGAGCUGUCGCCCGCGCGCAUCCGCGGCGCGUUGACCAUGGGGUGGCAGCUGUGGGUUUGCUUUGGUAUCUUUUUGGGCUUUGCGGCCAACUGCGUCGUCAAGGACGUGGGGAAGAUUGCGUGGCGGCUGCAGCUUGGGAGUGCGUUCAUCCCUGCCUUGCCCCUCGCCCUCGGCAUCUUUUUCGCCCCCGAGUCCCCCCGCUGGCUGAUGAAGAAGGGCCGCAAGGCCGACGCAUUCGCCGCCUUCAACCGUCUCCGCCUGCACCCCGUCAUCGCCGCACGCGACCUGUACUACUCGUACGUGCUGUACGAGGAGGAGAAGGCGCAGGCACGCGGCGCGAGCUACUUCUCCCGCCUGACCGACUGCUUCCGCAUCCCGCGCAUCCGGCGCGCCAACCUCGCCGCGUCGACCGUCAUGCUCGCACAGCAGAUGUGCGGCAUCAACAUUAUUUCGUUCUACUCGUCGACCGUGUUCGCGAUGGGCGGGUUCUCGGCCUCGCAGGCGCUGUACGCGUCCCUCGGCUUCGGCGCGACCAACUUCCUCUUUGCCAUUCCCGCCGUGUUCACGAUCGACACGUUUGGCCGUAGGGCGCUGCUGCUCUCCACGUUCCCCUUCAUGGCGCUCUUCCUCCUCGCUACCGGGCUGGCAUUCCUCAUCCACGAUCCGCAGACCCGUACUGGCCUCGCCGCGGCGUUCAUCUACAUCUUCACCAUGUUCUAUUCUGUCGGCGAGGGCCCCGUCGCCUUUAUGUACAGCGCCGAGGUGUUCCCUACGAUUCAGCGCGAGCAGGGCAUGGCGUGGGCCGUGUGCGUGAACAACUUCUUCGCGGCCGUCCUCGGCAUGACCUUCCCGAGCAUGGUCCGGGCCUUUGGUAUCACGGGAUCAUUCGGAUUCUACGCCGCCCUCAACGUCGUCGCGCUCGUGUGGAUCUUCCUCUGGAUCCCCGAGACAAAGGCCUUGACGCUCGAGGAGAUUGACGACGUCUUCUCGAUCCCGACGACAACGUUCAUCAAGUACGAAACGACCGUGUGGCUGCCCCACUUCAUCAAGAAGCAUGUGCUGCGCCAGAACGUGCCCGACAUCGUGCCGCUACUGGACAAGGCGCGCAUCGACGACGCAGACGACUCGGAGGGCGGCGGCAAGGUUUAGUAAGGAACGAGGGGGCCGAGGGAAGUCGAGAUCCCACAGAACUGGUACAGCGAAUGAAUGCGUGUCGAGCG